AUAUUAUUAAUAAAAUAUUCAAUAAUAUUUUCAGCUUUUUUUUAAUUAUAUUUUAUUUGAACAGAUGAGCAAAAUAUUUCUCAUAUUUUUAUUUUAUAGGAAGUGACUUCAGCAGAAAGAGAAGACAAGACAACAGCAACACUUGUUAACCACACACUCCUCUUCACACUAUAUUUACUGCUCAGUUGUUGGACACAAGAGUCUAAAAGUUAUGGUUGUAUAUAGAAUCUUUAUAAAAGAAUGAUGUCCCUUAAACCGUCUUCUCUGCUUUGUCUGAUCUUUCUCCUCAUGAUCCCAGCUCUUGGGAAUGAAUGGAGUGUGAAAUACAAUCAACUUAAUCUCUGUGCUUUAAAAGGAUCUACAGUGAUUAUGAACGUCACUUACACACACCCACCACGUCUUACAGUGACAACGAGGUUUUGGUUAAUUAACCCAGAUGAGGAUAAAGAGUGGAUUGAGCUGAAUAAUGAACCAGGUUACUCAGGCAGAGUGACGUAUAUAACAGAUGUACAGAAUCACUUCCCCCUCAGACUGAGUGAUGUGAAGAAAACAGAUGAACAGAUGUACUGCUUCAGAAUCAGAACAAAUAAAGAGAAAGAAAGAUACCUGGGUAAACCUGGAGUUACACUCAGUGUUACAGAUCUUGAUCUUCAGAUCGCUCCUGCAGAAGUGACAGAAGGACAAUCAGUCGUUCUGACCUGUAAAACCACCUGCAGUCUGACUGAUCCAACAUUCAUCUGGUACAAAAACAGCAGAGAUUUAACCACAAAGACCAACAAGAACAAUGAAGUCCGUCUGCAGUCGGUCAGCAGUGAGGAUGCAGGCAGUUAUAGCUGUGCUGUAAGAGGAUAUGAACAUCUCCACUCUCCUGUUCAAACCCUCAGAGUCAGAUAUCGUCCAAAGAAUGUCUCAGUCUCUGUCAGUCCCUCUAGUGAGAUAGUGGUGGACAGUUCACUGACUCUGACCUGCAGCAGUGAUGCUAACCCACCUGUACAGAGCUACACCUGGAUUAAGGGGAAGACAUCAGUAGGAAAGGAAAAGACCUACAACAUCUCCAAGAUCAGCUCUGAGGACAGUGGAGAGUACAAGUGCAGGAGCAGUAAUGAAGUCGGACAUCAGGACUCCAACAUUGUGACUCUGAAUGUUCUGUAUCCUCCAAAGAAUGUCUCAGUGUCCAUCAGUCCCUCUGGUGAGAUAGUGGAGGGCAGUUCAGUGAAUCUGACCUGUAGCAGUGAUGCUAACCCACCUGUACAGAACUACACCUGGUUUAAGGUGAAUGAAUCAUCACCUGUAGGAUCUGGACAGAGUUACAGAGCUGUACAGAGUGGACAGUAUUACUGUGAGGCUCAGAAUAAACACGGCUCUGAGAGAUCAGCUGCAGUGUCUGUCAAUAUUAAUGACUCCCUGAGCUCAAGUGUGUACGCAGGUCUUGGUGUUGUUCUGGUUGUGUGUAUUUGUCUAACUGUCACCUUCUUGUCUAUAAGGUAAGAAAUUACAGAAUAUUUUCACCUUAUUAUAAAAAGUGGAGUCCAAAAGACUUUUCUGUUGUACAGAUCUGUGUUUAAAUAUUUUCCCAGUAAACACAGUUCCAGACUCCAGAUUUAUUCCCUUUUCUGUUAUAAUCUGCUCCACUCUUCUCUCCUGGAAAGUUCUCCACUAGAUGUUGUAUUGUGUCUGUGGGGAUUAGUGUUCAUUCAGCUAAAGAUCAUUAAUGAGAUCAGACUCUGAUGUUGAGAU